AUGAGGAGCUUCGUUUCUUGGAAAACUGUCAUAAUUGUUGCGUUGUUGCUGAGAGUUUAUUUGGCCGAGGAAGUUAUUGCUGCGUUGGAACGCCCGGAAAAAACGAAGGAGCCUCAAAAAGCCAUAAGAUUUCUUAGCUCAAAGAAAUCAGGCGGCAACUUUGGUGGCAACAAGACCACCACGAUUUCCGAAACGAAAACCAUCAGCAACGGUUUCUUGAAAAAUGUCCCUUUUACAGUGUCCUUCGAUGAUCCCGAAGAAGAUCUCACCGACUUUAGCUACCAAACGAUUUGGCACAAUGGCUCGGUAACAUUUACAAAUUUCUCUGUUCAUGAUUUAGAUCAUUUCAACUCAGGUAACAGAUCUGAAACUCAACACGUGUUAGGAGAUGACUCAGUAAUUGGUGAGCCCGAACUUUUGUCCUCAUCUCUGGAGGAAAGUUAUCAAAACUUUUCCCGAACUUUUGAGCAACGUCGCUUCAAGAGAAUUAUCUUUGGGCGUGACGGUCGCAUUAGAUUAAACACCUCUACUCUCGCUCAGAAAUUUCCUUUUUCGCCAUAUGUCAAAAUUGCAGCAGGUUCUUUCGAAUGUUCAGGGUCACUGAUUUCUCCGUUUCACGUUCUGACGUCAGCGCACUGCGUUCACGAUGGUCAACGGCCGCUGACAGACAUGGCCAAUCUGAGAGUAGGAGUUCUGCGACGCAAUGGAAAAUUCCGUUGGAUUCGUGUGGUUAAAGUCAAUUUUCCGGAAAGCUGGCGCCGUAAUUCCGAUUCAUCAAACUUUGACUAUGCAGUAAUUAAGUUGAUUAAACCUCACAAACGACCCUUUUUCAAGCUCGGAGUGAUUAAUAGGGCAGGUCCACAAUACAAGAUUCACUUCGCAAGUUUUCCCGGUGACAAGAAAUCAAACACAAUGUGGUAUAGUCACUGUAAUACGCGGGCGAAUGCCAAUUUGCUAAUUUGUAGAUGCGACGCCGCUAGAGGAAGUUCGGGGGCUGGGACUUACGUUAGAACCAAGCUAAAGGGGUCUGGGAAAGACCGUGUGAUAGUAGGUGUUCUUUCGGGGUCUGGAAUCGUCAAGCUUCCCGACGGCAAGAAGCACUUUAAUUUUGUAACCAAGCUAACAACGUCAAAAGCAAGGCAGAUAUGUGGCUGGAUAGGAAGAGGCUCAAACUGCGUCACAUGGAAUUCGUUUGACGCUUCUAACCAAGCACGACUUCGAUCAGACCGUUAGAGGAAUGCAACUUCGCUGUCUUGGUUCCCAGGAUCUCUCUUCUUCUCAGCGGAUUUGGCAAAGGAGAGACUGUAGAAAUGUGCGGAAGUCUGAAACUUCGCCAGAACAUUCUUACAGGCUGAGAAGGCAUGCAUAAAUGCCUCGAUAAAAACUAUGGGAUAAUCCUAUUUUCCUAGAUUUGUCUCCCUUUCCUCUUACUGGCCGCAAAAUGUUGUCGCAAAAAAAAAUUUGAAGAGUACCUAUAACAAACUAAGGCAUUAAGACAGGAGCCGGCCCCGCUGUGAAUAAGAAUAACUAUGACAAUUUCUCAUAAUUUAUCAAGAAAUGUGAAGAA